AGUUACUCUCCGUUAGAUGGCGUUACACGAACUGUCAAGAGGAAGAACAUAGUGUGUUGACAGAAAGUUUCUGUAUUAUAAUCUUUAAAUCCUUAAAUCAGCUUUAGCAAUAAUUAUUUCGAUUUAAUUAAAAGCAAUGGCGAGACCUGGUGUUAGAGCAACCGAUGCAAAAAAGAUUAAUUCCGAGCUGUUUACGUUGACUUAUGGAGCAUUAGUAAGUCAGCUAUUGAAGGAUUACGAGAAUGCUGAGGAUGUGAAUCGACAACUUGACAGAAUGGGAUACAAUAUUGGUGUUAGGAUCAUUGAAGAUUUCCUAGCACGAACAUCAACUGCCAGAUGUACUGACAUGAGAGAUACUGCAGAGAAGAUUCAAAGUGCUUUCAAAAUGUAUCUUGGAGUGAACCCUACCGUCACCAGCUGGUCCUCUGCCAGUGAUGAGUUUUCACUCUUGUUCGAUCAAAACCCUAUGACAGAAUUUGUAGAGUUGCCAGAGAGCUGUCUCAGCCUUAAGUACUGUAAUCUAUUCUGUGGCAUUAUCAGGGGAGCCUGUGAAAUGGUGCAACUUGAAGUCACCAGUUGGUUCGUCCAAGAUUCUUUGAAAGGAGAUCCAACCACAGAACUCAGAGUCAAGUUUGUCAAGAAAUUAGAAGAUGCUAUGCCUGCUGGAGAAGAUUAAUCUAUUUAGAGACCUGUUAUUGCUUUGUUCAUGUCAUAUGUGAAAUAAAAAUCUCCAGAUUUCUGUUCAA